CCCAAGUUGAUGUGAUCCUAGCAUCUUUACCUGAUUCUUUUAAUCAGUUUAUCAUGAACUAUAACAUGAAUAAGAUGGUAGUGACAUUGUCAGAGCUGCUCAAUAUGUUGAAAGCAGCUGAGGAUCUCAUCAAGAAAGAAAAGCCUACUGUAAUGUUGGCUGAAAAAUCUGAUUCUUCUUUUAAGUUUAAGCCUAAGGGUAAGAACUUUAAGAGAAAAGGGUCUCAGUCAUUCAAUAAGGCUCAAGGUGACAAAGUGAAUAAGGACACUGAGAAAAAGAAAGCAAAAGGAAAUUGUUUCCAUUGUGGUAAGCCUGGUCAUUGGAAGAGAAACUGUCGCCAUUAUUUGGCUUCUCUGAAGAAUGACAAACCUGCAGAAGGGGUUCAAGGAGACCCGAAGGCUAAAUGAAGGGGAGGUGAUCCUAAAGAUGGGGACUGGUGCAACUGUUGCAGCCACUGCCAUUGGAACCUUUUAUUUAGAAUUAUCUUCUAGUAGAACUCUUGUUUUAGAAGAUUGCUUAUAUGUGCCAGAAGUGCGAAGAAAUUUAGUUUCAGUUUCAAAACUUGGUUGUUCAGGAUAUUCAUUUCUUUUUACUUCUAAACUUGUUGUUAAGUUUAAUAAUAAAUUUGUAACUUCUGGCAUUUUACAAGAUGGUCUUUAUUUUUUGAGUUCUAUUGAUAAUUCUAUUAAUUGUGUUG